UGACAGAGGAACGAUUUCUUUGUGUACGUAAGCUGAACUAAGAUGUCUGGUCGCGGAAAGGGCGGUAAAGUCAAGGGAAAGGCGAAGUCCCGUUCGAAUAGGGCUGGACUGCAAUUCCCUGUCGGCCGUAUACACCGAUUGCUGAGGAAGGGAAACUACGCUGAGCGCGUCGGUGCCGGUGCUCCGGUUUACUUGGCUGCCGUCAUGGAAUAUCUCGCUGCUGAGGUAUUGGAGUUGGCUGGUAACGCAGCUCGUGACAACAAGAAGACGAGAAUCAUUCCCCGUCACCUGCAGCUUGCCAUUCGCAAUGACGAGGAGUUAAACAAGCUGUUGUCUGGUGUGACUAUCGCACAAGGUGGCGUGUUGCCGAACAUUCAGGCUGUUCUGCUACCUAAGAAGACCGAGAAGAAGGCAUAAAUUCUCAGAAGUCAUACUCAAACGGCCCUUUUCAGGGCCACAAUUAUCUCUGACAAUGGAACAAUCUUGUCUAGCAUCUGUAGCAUCAAGACAAAACCUAUUCUAACCUAACCUAAUCUAAUCUAACCUACUUACCUGCCGCCUCAACAUUGAGGUUAUACAAACCUUUCAUGAAGUCCAAUAUUCUUGAUUUUUGUUUAUAUAAAGCAUUAAUACGUUGAAACUGCUGAGACAAUCAUUUAU